GCCCCCCCACCUCCCCUCGUCUGCUCUCCUUUCCGACUCCUGUCCUUGUCUAACCUGAGAUGGGACACCCACUUGUCCUGGUCUGCCUGGCCUUCCUGUCGACAGCUGUGAUUGACUCGGAGAAGAGACAGCAUCGGGUUCAGCAUGGCCCGUGCAGCUACACCUUCAUCCUGCCCGAGGUGGAGCACUGCCUGCCUUCGAAGGACUUCCAGGUCACCAACUCCCUCCAGAGGGACUCCCCACCAUCACCAGACCAGGACCCGGCAAGGGGGCACCCGGAGCAGGCCAAACCCCCGCCGUCUGGGACCUCCUGGAGGGAGAGGAUGGUGGAGAGUCUGGAGGCUGCCACGGAGAACAACACCCGGUGGCUCCAGAAGCUUGAGAGCUACAUCCAGGAGAAUGUGCGUUCUGGGAUGGAGGAGAUGAAGAGGAGCACUGUUCACACCCACACAGCGGCCAUGUUGGAGAUUGGGACCAACCUCCUCAGCCAAUCAGCUGAGCAGACCAGGAAACUGACCAACGUGGAGACCCAGGUGUUGAAUCAGACCAGCCGGGUGGAGAUCCAGCUGCUGGAGUAUUCUCUGGUCACGAACCGUCUGGAAAAACACAUCCUCCAGCAGAACCAGGAAAUCUCACGACUCAAUGACAAAAACAGUUUUCUAGAACAGCGGUUCUCCGCUUUAGAAACGCGGCACGUUAAGGAGCUCCAGGGCAUUCAAAGGGAGAAGCGUCAGCUUCAGGAGCUGUUGGAGAGGCAGAGUCGCUUGGUGACCCUGCUACAGGGCAGCUCCAGCCUUAACAGCACGCUGCUACAGAGACAACAGGCUGUCCUCACAGGCACCGUUCAGCAGCUGUUGGCCAUGGUCACCCACUGCAAUGAUAUCUCCACUCAGCCAAAAGUGGAGUCGGUGAUCUUCAUGGACUGUGCCGAGAUCUUCCGCUCUGGGGUCACUGAGAGUGGGGUCUACGACAUACGACCCCCGAAUUCUACACAUGCAGUUAAGGUGUUUUGCGAUAUGCAGACAAGGGGUGGGGGCUGGACAGUGAUUCAGCAUCGCAGAGAUGGAGCUGUUGACUUCCACCGCGAUUGGAGGGACUACAAGAUGGGUUUUGGGGACCCCUCCGGAGAGUACUGGGUUGGGAAUGACGUUAUUCACCUGAUCACCACUUCCAAAGAGUACACCCUACACGUGCAACUGAAGGACGCCGAGGGGAAUGAGGCCACCUCAUACUACGACCACUUCUACAUAGACGCUGAGGACAAGAACUACAGUCUCCAUUCCCGUGGAUUCAGUGGUACAGCCGGUCGCACCAGCAGCUUGUCCCACCCGGGUACCAUGUUCAGCACCAAGGACCGCGACAACGACCGUUGCUCCUGCAAAUGUGCCCAGAUGGCCUCUGGAGGCUGGUGGUUUGAAGCGUGUGGUCCGUCCAACCUCAACGGGAUCUACUACGCUGGAGUGUCCAACGUGGUCCGCUAUAACGGCAUCAAGUGGUACUACUGGAAGGGCCCUGGCCUCAUUACAACCAUGUCGACCAUGAUGGUUCGGCCCGUGGAUUUUUGAGAAGGCAUCGGCUGAUCUGGCGGAUGGUGCCAUAGGACGAACUAGAUGACUUACUAAUGAACAAUACUGGAACUUUGAAGAGUGACAGGAGAUUUGAGACGUUCUUGAUUGAUGGACAUAGCUUCUUUUUCCUAAAUCUUAUUUUGUUUUUUAGAUAUGUUUCCCGCUGAAAUAACACAGAGGCUUACAACAUACUGUCCAUGUGUGUUUUAUAACGUAAUUGUACUUAUUCUAAAUGCCUCAUGGUCUAUUGGUAUUCACUGCUUCUCCAUUCAACACACAUUAACUCUACCUAAAGGUUUCCAGCUAUUGCACUCAAGACAUUCCUGUAAAACCUUUUUUUAUUAAGGAGAGAAUUACCCUCAUAAAAAUGCAUGAUAAAUGGUUGCAGGUGCUUUUUACAGGCGUAUUUACUUUCCCAACUGUAGAUCUGUAAUAAAAGUAGGUAGAACUCAACUCCGGAUCCAUUUUUCAAAGAAAACCCACCAAUC